AGCGGUGUGUCAAAGGGGGGAAGAUACAACUUGCUAUAUGAAUCACGACUUGAAAUCUGUCGGAGGGCGGCUGUAACUCCCUGUGGCAUGGAAAAACAUUGAAGACUGGUGCUUUGUUUUGUUGUUGUUGAAAAUAUUUAUUCGUCAUCUUUGAAAGGUCAGAGGUGUUUGUGGAAGGACAGCUCUCUUGGAUCAAGAAAACAAUGGGCGCCCUGCAGCUCCUGAAAUCCCAGUUCGUGUGCCACCUCGUCAUCUGCUAUGUGUUCCUGUUCAGCGGCCUCGUUAUCAACCUGCUGCAGCUCUGCACUCUACCUCUGUGGCUGGUCGAUAAGCAGCUGGCCCGCAGGAUCAACGUCAGGCUGGGCUACUGCAUCAGCAGCCAGAUGGUAGCCGCCCUGGAGUGGUGGUCCGGGACAGAGUGCACGCUCUACACAGACCCGAAGAGCUUUCCUCUGUAUGGUAAUGAGAACGCAAUUGUGGUCCUCAACCACAGUUACGAGAUAGACUUCCUGUGUGGUUGGACCUUCUGCGAGAGAUUUGGAGUUCUCGGGAGCUCGAAGGUGUUAGCCAAGAAAGAGUUGAGUUACGUACCUGUCAUUGGCUGGAUGUGGUACUUCCUGGAGAUCGUUUUCUGCAAAAGGAAGUGGGAGGAGGACCGCAGGACGGUGGCUCAGAGUCUUCAGAACCUGCAGGAUUACCCGGAAAACUUCUGGUUUUUGCUUUACUGUGAAGGAACACGGUUCACGCCGAAGAAGCAUGAGGUCAGCAUGCAGGUGGCUGAGAGCAAAGGUUUACCCAAACUCAAGUAUCAUCUUCUGCCCAGGACCAAAGGAUUCUGGGUAACAGUCCAGAACCUCAGAGGAACCGCUGCAGCUGUUUAUGAUUCCACACUGAACUUCAGAAACAACGAAACACCGACCCUGCUUGACAUUCUGAACGGGAAGAAAUACCACGCGGACUUGUAUGUGAGGAGAAUCCCUCUAGAGUCGAUCCCGGAGGACGAAGCAGAGUGUGCCGCCUGGCUCCACAAACUCUACCAGGAAAAGGACAGUUUCCAGGAGUACUACACACAGACGGGGCGUUACCCCGGGCCCACGAUGAGCCCUCCACGCCGACCCUGGUCCUUGAUCAACUGGCUCUUCUGGUCCUGUCUGCUCCUCUACCCGUUAGGCCUGCUCGUCGCACAGCUGAUCAGCUCCGGAUCGAUACUGACCAUCUUGGCGUCCGUGGUUCUCUGCUCUGCAGCUUCACUGGGAGUUCGCUGGAUGAUCGGCCAGACUGAGAUCGGCAGGGGCUCCAACUACGGGGACAAGGAGGUUCCUCUGAACAACAACUAAAGACUGCCGACCCGCUCAGAACUGCUUCUUUGCACAGCUACUAAUCUGCAAGAUUGCCGGCAGCAGAAUGUGUAAACACUCCUCAGACAGGAUCUGCUGGUCUAACAAGUGCGAACCUGCUUGAAAAGCACAACCCUGCCAGUUUAGCGUUGUCUUAACGGUGCGCUGAAGAAGCUGGAAAAUCAUGAAAUCGGACCGCAGUGGGUAAGCUUCCUUCAGGGAGCUUUCAAAGAAAUGAAUAACAACUUUACCACAUGCUCCUCGAAUCAAAAUGUAAAUAUUUGAAUACAGUCGGGACAAAUACUUUCACUGGUACUCAGGCUGAAAGUCAACCAAGUUGAAAAAUGGACUACCUCUUUGUUUUUAAUGUAAAGCAUAAAAGGCAUUUCGAUGGCAGGAGAUAAUAAAUAUUCUACUUAAAAAAGAAAAAAAAAAAAA